ACUAGUGCAAAAUUUAAACUUCGUGAGAAAGAAACAUUUCUUCAUGCUGUUUAAUAACAGCGAUGAUAAUUGAUAAUUUGUCACAAACAUAUUCAUAUAUAUACGUAUUACAUCAUUAGACCUUUGAAUAUGGAUAAUGACACAAAAGCACCAAAAGAUCUAGGCGUAUUGAAUGAAAAGUAUAACGAACAGGAUUAUGAAGGCCAGGCUUUUCUACCAAACAACCAUCAGCAUGCGUUUCGUCAACACAAAAAACAUCAUCACAAACAAGGCGAUACCGAUAUGGAAUAUGAUCGGCCAAUAAAGCCACCGGCUCAACGCGUACGUUCUAUACUUCGUAUAAAUUCCGAAUAUGAUGGAGCGCACGAAUCACACAUGUUAUUUUCGGAAAUGAUGGAAUUGACGAAGGAUGGCAUUGAAUGGAAAGAAACGGCACGAUGGUUAAAAUUCGAGGAAAAAGUCGAAGAUGGUGGCCGCUGGUCAAAACCAUACGUAACGUCAUUGUCACUGCAUUCGUUAUUUGAGUUAAGAAGUUUUCUCACAAACGGCACAGUUAUACUGGAUAUGGUUGCAAAUAAUCUAGAAGAAAUCGUUGAUUCGUUUUGUGACCGAGUUUUCAAUGACAACCAUUUAACCAAUUCAACAAGUAAAAAAGUGCGCGACACUUUAUUACUUCGGCAUCGACAUCAGCACGAGCAAAAACUCAAACUUACCGGCAAAACUUCAGGAGACUUUGACGCAUACAAAGUCAAUAAAUACUUCACGAAGAAAGUCCCCACCGGCACAGAAGCUUCAAAUAUUCUCGUUGGUGAAGUUGAAUGGCUAGAUAGAACAAUAUCAGGAUUUGUACGAAUCCAUCACGAAGCAUCAGUAAUUUGUGAUUUGACCGAAGUCUUGAUUCCCACAAGGUUCUUGUUCAUUUUGAUCGGUCCAGUUGGAAGUAUUAGCAGUUUUCGUGAAAUCGGACGUUCGAUGGCAACAGUAAUGGCUGAUGAAAUAUUCCACGAAGUUGCUUAUCGAGCAAAAAAUCGUGAUGAUUUGUUGGCGGGGAUGGAUGAGUUUUUAGAUACAGUAACAGUACUUCCUCCCAGCGAAUGGGACCCAACGAUACGUAUUGAACCUCCUGCCGCCAUUCCCAGUCAAGAAAAAAGAAAACUACCCGACUUCGAACAAAUGGAAAAAGAAGUUGAUCAUGACAAAGUGGCGAUGCAAUUGAGAGAAAGUUCGGGCUUAGUCAGAAGUGGUGUCUUGUUCGGUGGUUUAAAAAAUGAUUUGCGUCGUAAAGUACCGUUUUAUUGGUCUGAUUUUAAAGACGCUCUUUCCACUCAAUGCAUUGCAACUUGGAUAUUUUUAUACUUUGCCUGUUUAUCACCAAUUAUCACAUUUGGUGGUCUAAUUGGAACAUUGACCGAAAACAGUAUGGCAGCGAUGGAAUCUAUAGUAUCGGGUUUCGUUUGCGGCAUCGGCUAUGGUUUCUUCUCUGGUCAACCUUUAACAAUCUUGGCAUCAACUGGACCAGUAUUGGUUUUUGAAACAAUUGUUUACAAUUUUUGCUUAGUUGCUGAACUGGAUUAUAUGUCAUUUAGAUUCUGGAUCGGUACUUGGAUUACAAUCGUACUGUUUAUUAUGGUUGCCGUUGAUGCUAGCGCAUUGGUUUGCUAUAUCACCAGAUUCACUGAAGAAAAUUUCGCUACUUUGGUCGCCGUUAUUUUCGUAUAUGAAGCGAUUCUAAAUGUAUUAUCAAUUAAAGCGAAAUAUCCGAUAGCAUCUCCAGAUGAAGUAUACGAUUGUGCUUGUCAAUUCGAUGGAAAUGACUUCAACUCGACCAAUGCAUAUACAAAUGUCGAAUGCAAUGCAUUAAAUGGAACUCUUAUUGGUGCAGAUUGUGCCAAGCCGAAACCGAUUCCAGAUGUAUUUCUCAUGUCGGUUGUACUAUUUUUUGGAACAUUCACCAUAUCGAUAACCUUAAAAGGUUUCAAAACUGCUCUAUUUUUUUCAUCAACGGUUCGUCAAUUGUUAAGUGACUUUUCCGUAUUUAUCGCUAUAUCAUCAAUGACCCUUUUGGACAUUUAUAUCAAUGUAGCCACGCCAAAACUCCAAGUACCAUCCGAAUUCAAGCCAACUCUUAACACUCGCGGCUGGAUAAUAAGUCCGUUUGUAAAUCAUUAUCGUUGGUGGUUAAUUGCAUUUUUUCCAGCAUUGCUAGGUGUUAUUCUCAUUUUUUUGGAUCAACAAAUCACCGCCGUUAUUGUAAAUCGCAAAGAAAACAAAUUGAAAAAAGGUUGCGGUUAUCAUUUGGAUUUGUUUGUUUUAGCAAUUCUUAUCCAGAUUUGCUCAACACUAGGUCUGCCAUGGUUUGUGGCAGCCACGGUCAUGUCGCUUAAUCACGUCAAUUCAUUAAAACUACAAUCGGAAUGUGUUUCGCCUGGAGAGAAACCACAGUUUUUGGGUGUACGAGAACAACGCGUCACACAUAUAUUGGUAUUUCUAACAAUUGGAUGUUCCGUUUUUCUUACACCGUUACUUAGGCAUAUUCCCAUGCCUGUGUUAUUUGGAGUAUUUUUGUAUAUGGGUGUCGAUUCAUUGAAAGGUCUUCAAUUAUUUGAUCGUAUCUUAAUUAUGUUUAUGCCCGUGAAAUAUCAACCAGAUUAUAAUUACUUAAGACAGGUUCCUUUGAAACGCGUUCAUCUUUUCACACUGAUACAAGUUGCGUGUCUUGUAUUCUUGUGGGUGAUUAAAUCAUUUUCUUAUACCUCAAUUUUAUUCCCAUUGAUGUUGGUUGUAAUGAUUGGCAUUCGAAAAUUAUGCCUAGAUCGAGUGUUCACCUAUGGUGAAUUGGAAAUUCUUGAUGAUAUCAUGCCCAAAACAACGAAGCGUAGAAAAGACGUCCACGAUUUGACAAUGGAAGAGAAGCAAGCACCGCCACCACCAUAUCCUGGAGAUUUGGAAAUCGCAAAUGAAAAAUUAACCCUACUCAAUCCAAUCAAUAUCACCGAAGAAGUAAAUAAGACAUCCACCUGGAAACAUGUGAAUAACAACAUAUCCAAGGAUACUAAUAAAAGUUUCGAGGAAAACAACGCCUUGGGAAAGACAUCCCAAGUUUAAUUGAGACACAAAAUCAGAAUCAAAUUUUUCUUCUGACCUUUGAAUUUUGGUUAAUGGAUAAUAAUAAUUUAAGAAAAUAAAUUGAAUUGAAAGAAAAA